CACAGAGGACAGGCCGAAGCCCGGAUAGGACGAGGCCAGAAGAGCUCGCGCGAGGGGCCGCCAAGAUACAAGGGAGAGUGGGAGGAAGAGGGAGAGAGAGGAAAUGGGUUCCCACGCCGUCUUCCAAGCCACGACCCCGCAGCCUCUCAUGGCUCUCCACCGCCACUCUCACCUUCACCCCAUGAAACUCUCCCCUCUUCCAAACCCUAAUUCCCACCCCCAUCGCCAUCGCCCCUUUCUCCCGCCGGCGGCCCUCGCCGGCCGGAGGAAGCCCCGCGUCAUCGUCGUCAGGUCGGCGGCGGCCUCCGUCCCAGGGGAAAUGCCGGGAGCCGUUGAGCCCGACCACAGGGGCGCCCUCGAGCGUUGCUUCGCCGCCUCCCCGGAUUCCGAGCCGCCCUCCUGCUCCUCCUCGUCGUCUUUGUUGUCGUCUGCGGCGAUGGAGCCGGUGAUGAAAGGGAAACACGGGGCGUUUGGGGCGGUGACGCUGGAGAAGUCAAAGCUCGAUCUCUCCCAGAAGAGUACGAAGUCGAGCCCUGAGACAGCAGUUGGUGGAGGUGGUGGUGAUAUCGGAAAGAAAAAUUUCCAUGGUGGAGGUGAUGGUGGUGAUGAUGGCGGUGAUGAUGAUGAUUACUUUGAUGACUUCGAUGAAGAUGAUGAAGGAGAUGAAGGUGGACUAUUUAGAAGGCGUCUUGUCCUUCAAGAGCUCUUUGACAGGAAAUUUGUGGAUGCGGUGCUUCAAGAGUGGUACAAGACCAUGAUAAAUUUGCCUGCUGGGCUUCGCCAAGCUUAUGAAAUGGGUCUGGUGAGCUCUGCACAAAUGGUACGCUUCUUGUCAAUGAAUGCAAGGCCAACAACAUCUAGGUCCAUUUCUCGUGCUCUUCCACAAUCCCUAUCCAGGGCUUUCAUUGGAAGGAUGCUUGCAGAUCCCUCUUUCUUAUAUAAACUAAUCCUCGAACAGGCAGCUACUAUUGGUUGUGCUGUUUGGUGGGAGCUGAAGAAUCGCAAAGAAAGGAUUAAACAAGAAUGGGAUUUAGCACUCAUAAAUGUUCUGACAGUAUCAGCUUGCAAUGCAUUUAUUGUCUGGUCGCUUGCACCAUGUCGUUCCUAUGGGAAUACAUUCCGUUUUGACUUGCAAAAUACAAUUCAGAAACUUCCAAAUAAUAUAUUCGAGAAGAGCUAUCCUCUGAGAGAAUUUGACUUACAGAAAAGAAUUCAAUCUUUCUUUCUUUGGAAGGCUCCAGAGUUAUGUCUAGUUGGUGUAACUGCUGGAUCAGUUCAAGGAUUUUUAUCAAAAGCUUUAUCUGGCAAAAAGGAGGGAAGGUUGUCAGUGACCAUACCAUCUGUCAGUACCAACGCUCUUGGUUAUGGGGCUUUCUUGGGAUUUUAUGCAAACCUACGAUAUCAGCUGUUAUGUGGAUUUGAUCGAGCUAUGUUCGACCGCUUUGAUGUUCUGGGAGUGGCAAUUUUUUUCAGCACGGCACUGAGAAUAUUGAAUGUUCAAAUUGGGGAGACAUCCAGACUCGCUUGGCUUGGGGUGCAAGCUGAUCCAUUGCUGCAGUCAGACAAUCUGUUGAAAGCAUACAACAGACCCUCAGAGGCUACUGACAAUCCAUCUUCAAGGUGGUUCAUAUCUAAGGAUGCCAUCAUCUCUGGCCUUGGAUUACUUGGUAUCAAGCAGGGCAGUGGGGAACAGGAGGCCAUGCCUACAAAGGCACGCCGAAAGAGAGUUGUUAGGAAAAAAGUGAGCACAAGUUCAGCAUAGUUGUCGUUCCCAUCACUUCGGAGACAAUUUUGUAUGAGGUAAAUGCUGGAUGCGGAUUACUGCCAUGCAAGUGAACAGUGGAGAUACUUUUUCUGCAACUUUGACGUUGUUAUCAAGAGAUGCAAUCUUGGAAGUGCGUGGCAUUUGCUUAGACAGCUGUUUGAUGGAGAUUUUAAGGAUCAAGAUUUCUCUAGUUUUGAGCAUUAAGGUUAUUAUUAUUAUUUUUUUGCUUGCAGAUUGGAGUCGCUUGUAUGUUUUUAAUUUGUUAGAGAUAUAUAUAGAUUGAAAUUUUUUCUGAUACACUGAUACAGUCUAACUAUCAGAGUACAGGGAAGCGUGACUUCUUUGGAGUAAUGCAUUAGCUUUGAAACUCCUUGAAGCAUGCUGCCUUGAUUUUGAGUCGAACUCCUUGCAGGUCACGUUAAGCUGGAGGCUACUUGGUUGCCUACAAGACACAAAUCUGAUAGUGGAAUGAUGUUAUUCAUUGGCUUUCAAUGGGAAUAAUUCCAUUCGUCGUGUUAGAAAA